UGCGUAAAGGGCGUGGUGAUGUGCAUGUGCGGUCCACCGCCAAAUUCAAACAGUGAAGAAAGAAACCAGAACAACAGGCAGUCGAAGUAGAGACGAGAGAGGCAGAAAUUCACGAGUCGUAAUCAUUUCAGCUCAGUCAUGGCGUCUUCAGUGAUGGAUGGAGUUGGUAAAGCUGUGGUAGGAGUCUGGCGAGCACACACGGUCCUGGAUGAGUCCGACGGAGCAGAGAGCUCCCCGGAAGCCCCGGAUCGUUUCCGCAAGCUGAAGUCCUCAUCUUCACUUAAUUCUCUGCGAAUGUCUUUGCGCAAAAGGCUGCCGCUACGUUCUGUUCAGGCCAACUCCCUUCCAGAGAAUCCGACCUGGGAACCCAUAAAAGAGCAACCAAAACCCAACGCGGUCCACAAACUCACUCGCAGUGCCCGCAACUCCAUCAGCGGAGUGUAUCAGAGGCUGCAGAGGACCAGAGAGUUCUCACGGGAGGAGUGUUUGGUAGAAACUCCGGGUCGAGCAUGUGACGGGGAAGAAGCUGGUCCAUCAACUUCUCGUACUCCAAGAAGAACACCUGGCCGGGCCGCAACACCACGACGUACCCCCAGAUCGACCGUCACACCUGGACGUACCCCUGGCUCUCGAGGGAGAAGGACUCCCGAGGCUGGCGUGCGGGGGGUGAAAACGGCGGGCGGCAGGAGGCAGCUGGUGCGCAUGGCUGCUUUACGGAGUCCCUUUGCCUCCCCAAACACACAGAACCAGAGAAUAAAGUUUGACCAAGAUUUAGACUCUGUGUCCAGUGGACUCAGGAGGCUCAAACAUCUGUCCAAGGCCUUUGAUAACCUAAUUGGCAGAGAUGAAAGAACCAUUCCCAAGGAGCGUUCUGGAGGAGCAGUGAUGAGAAAGUUGGACCCCAACGGUAAACUCUGUCGCUCAAACCUCUCACGUCGGGCAUCAAAGCUCUCAGACAGAAUGGGGGGUUGGGCCAACACAGCUGUGAACACUAUUCGCAAACCCAACUGAACUACACACUUGUGUGUGUGUAUAUAUAAAAAGAAAAAAAGGACCUUUUGUAGCCAUAUUAUUAUUGAGGUAUUACUGUUUCAUUAAAAAGUAGUGUUUUCAUGAUACUGGGAGACUGUUACAUGUAGGCUUGUUGUCUUUAUGAUAUAAACUGUGUUUACUUAGAAACAAAUAGGGAUUUCUGUGUUUACACGUCUCAGGUUAGCUGGUUGUGGAUAAUUGUCCCCACUAUGGCUACCAAAGGGAUUUCUGUAUUGUGGUUUAUGUACUUUUAUUAUAGCUGCUACAACCAAAUGUCUUAGUUACAUUGUUAUUAUUUUAACACUUUAUUUUUAUAUUCACUUUGAAUAGAAUCCUUCCGAAGGCUAAAGGCCAAAACUGUAUUUGCAGAACUAACACUAAAUUUACUGACACAGGGGAGAUUUGUUUCCUCUAUUUUACAUGUAUGCAAAAAUGUUACUAACAUUUGUUGUUCAUUUUUUAAAUGUCAUUUGAUUAUGCCAAAAUGUAAAGUGUAUUUUCUGUGAAACAGUGAGUUUUUUUUAUAUACACAGCUCAGGCAGUAUUGGAGAGUUUUUCCACUUCCCUUGCGUCAUAGGGCCACACUGUUAAUGGUCUGCGGAUGAUUCAUGGACCAUUGCUGUGAACAUAAAUCAUUUAGUAAUGUGAUGGAGAAGAUGUAAUGACUCAUUUCAUGUUGAUGAUGUUAUAAAACCAUAUCCGGCAGGUUAUUAGUGAAGUGAUAAACAGCCUUAGAUGACGUAAAACACUUUUCUCUGCAUUUCAAUGUAUUGGUAUCCCCUUCCUGCAGAUAUGGGAGAAAGGAGUGGGAAAAAAAGCAAUAAAACCUGUAAGAAAGAAA